AUGAGGACCGGAAAAUCAUGUUUUUGGACGAUGCUACAAGCUUUAGCUUUUUUACCUACUAUGGCUUUGAAAGAUUCCCAGACUAGCAACAAAAAGAUAACAGAAGAACCAGAAUUUGAGCGGCCCAUUGGCAACCACACGUUCUUUCUCGGGCGAGAAGCAGUAAUUGGUUGCGCAGUGACCAAUCUCGGUAAACAUAAAGUGGGGUGGCUCCGUGCAGAGGAUCAGACCGUGCUGACUAUGCACGAUCGUGCAGUACUAGGUCCUCGUUACACCGUUAACUUGGAUGCACCACAAACAUGGCAGCUUCGCAUCCGACCACUUCGAGCAGAAGAUCGUGGGUGCUACAUGUGCCAGAUAAAUACGCAACCGACCAUGAUUUGGCAAAUUGGUUGCAUAGACGUGUUUGUGCCUCCGGAUAUAAUUAGCGAUGAUACGUCAUCUGACGUCUCAGUUCAAGAAUUAGAGAAUGCUACAUUAACCUGUAAAGCAACUGGCCACCCACCACCAAAAAUCACUUGGCGAAGAGAAGACCAUGAACCAAUUUUGCUAAAAAAGCUUCAGUCUAGAGAAUUUGAAAAAGUGGAAAGCUACGUAGGGAGCUCCUUGCCAUUGUUACGAGUCGACCGAAGGCAGAUGGGUACAUUCCUUUGUAUCGCAUCCAAUGACGUUCCGCCUGCUGUUAGUAAACGGAUAACACUUCUUGUCAAUUUUGCUCCAACUGUAAAAGUACCAAACCAGUUGUUGGGCGCGCCACUUGGAACUGACGUGAAACUCAAGUGCUACGUUGAAGCAUAUCCGAACACAAUUAACUAUUGGAUCAAGAACAGAGGAGAAAUGUUAUUAGAUGGUCCAAAGUAUACGAUAAGAGAAGAGAAAUCAUCAUACAAGGUAUCCAUGUGGCUUACUAUAAACCAAUUCUCUAAAAACGAUAUCGGUACAUAUAACUGCAUUAGUACAAACUCACUAGGCAAGAGUGAAGGAACACUUCGAUUGUAUGAGAUUAAACUAAAUUCUCAAUCAGACGACUUCAACAAUCAGAUUAGUAUUGCUGGAGGAUUAACGGAAGCAGCGAAAGGAAUAUCUAAGGUCCAGUUGCCGUCAAAUAGGAUAUUAAAAUUGACGUUAUGCAGCAUAGUGUUAUCCAACAUGUUUAUGUAG